AUGGAAGAUAUCAAGGGCAAAGAGAUCCGGUCCCACGUUCCUCAUGUAGCCGAGGGCGUAGACCUUGAUAAGACUCUGUCGGGACAAAGGCAAAGAGCGCUAUUGCCUAUUGCAAAGCAGCUCGCCAAUGCCUCAUUGCUGCUCAAGCGACAUAGCCGUUCAUCCUCAUUGCCAAUCGAUGGGACAAUUGAGGCAGGAGAGCAAAUUUUGCGCCUUGUGAAAGGGCGUGAAGGCGAUGUAGCUACACAAGCGCUCAUUGGCGUUGGCCUGGCCCUGAAGGGCGAUCUCGGAGCAGCCCUGACGAAGAUGGAGGACGUGAUGCAGGUCGCUCGCGCUGCGAUUGCCGAAGGCCUAGAGCAGGAACUCAUCGGCUUUGUCCUCGGCUUUGGAGACGUAGAGGUCCGGACGCAAGCCCUUCUAGCUCUUGGGUUCGGUUUGGCUCGACUAGACCGGCUAGACGAGGCAAUCUCUGUCUAUGUGAGAGCAGACGAGGCCGGCUUCAAAUUACCUGAACGCUUUGCAAGAAAGCUGAUCCGACUCUGCACGACGGGAGGCAAUACAUCGAGCAUGAGAACCGUCAUGGACGUCUUUCAGAGACAAGCACUCGACGCUUCCACUGGCUUGAUUCGUCUUGAAGAGCAGUCUUACCUCGUCCUCGGAUCGUUUCUUGGCAGGCGAGGGCAGGUGGACCGCCUGCGUCUCCUGUGGCAACGCUUCCUCGAGCAUUACCCAAAGCAUGCUGGAUCUUGGGCCCUCAAGCAUAAUUUUCUUGAGGCCUACGGCCGAGGCAACGAUUUCAUUCUGUUCGAGCGCCAUCUCAACGAGAACUGGAUUCUGCCCGGUUCGAGUGAGACCAAUGCUCGCAAGAAGACCUUUGAUAAUAUGACCUACAUGACAGUCAUCAAUGCCUAUGUUCGCUUUGGGCGGAUGGAAGAAGCUGAGCGCCUCUUAGGACAGCUUCAAGGGAGAUACCGGGAGGACAUUCUUCUGCCAGCCCACAACGCCGUUCUUCGCGGUCACUUUCGCGUCCGCGAUAUUGCUAAAGCCGGAGCACUCUGGUCAAAGAUGGUACAGCAGGGACCAGAACCGAGCCACAUCACCUAUGACUUGAUGAUCAAGAUCUUCGCUAGGCGCGGAGACCUUCCUACCGCCUUCGAUUUCUUCCAUCUGAUGCAGCAAGAAGGCUUUGCGCCUUCUGCGCAGAUCUUGCCUCUGUUGAUGUCUAAGCUCAUCAGAUCGGGAGAGUAUGCCCAAGCGGAAACGAUGUUCCGUUCGAUGCUGAGGAACCCUCAUGUGCAAAUGGAUGUUCGAGCAUGGAAUUGCAUGCUCGAAUCGCUCGUCUACCGCAACAGUCCCCUGAAGCAGGUCUUGCUGGCCUACGAGGAGAUGAAAAAGCAAGCGCUCGCGCCGGAUGGUAGGACCUAUGCCCUUCUCCUGACCAGUGCUUGCGAUGCCAACGCGAUUAGGACUGCUGAGCACUUCUUCGCAGAAGCUGAUUACAUGGGAGCUCAACCAGAUGCUGCGACCGGUGAUAGACCCUCUUCUGUGUCGCAGAGUACUUUCUUUGGUGGCGAUGUCGGCAGCGAGCAACAGGCACCGGUGCGACUCCCAGUCGAAAACAUCGCAGAUGAGCCACACAAACGUCCUCUACGGUUCGCGCCUAAUCGAAGAACCAACGUCUCGCACUUUUCUAUCCUCAUCUAUACCCAUUUGCGUCUGGGCAAUGUCACCGCUGCCAAGGAGUACUUUGACGAACUGCAGCGCAGGCGUGUGGGCGUUUCGGCCAUCACAUGGAGCAUCCUGGUCAAAGCUUACAUCGACAGUGGCAGCGAGGCCAAUAUGCGUCUAGCCCGCGACAUCAUCCUGCGCCAACUUGGCGAGGCCGAUGAGGACAAGGCGGAUGCGGAAGAAGGGCAGGACUCGGACGAGACAAGCAACGCUCGCAAAAAUCGACACCGGGACGCUCAGAUACUCUAUGCCCCUUUGCUCACCCACUCUGCCAAGCAGGGAGAUUCGAGUAGAGUCGAGGCCAUCUUGAGCGAGCUAGAACGAGAUGGUGUCUCCCUCUCCAUGUCAACUCUGAGCAUCGCGCUGGACUGCUAUCGCCACAGGUACGACCUAGCCCCUAUGAUCUCCAUCUGGAAUCGCAUCUUCGAAAAAGCCACUGAGAGAUCAAACGAUAAUCACGACUUCAACUUCGAUGCGCCCCCCUCCACUCCCACUUCAGGCCCAGCAGCGCUGUACUCGGGCCGUCGAGCGGCGCGAAGAGGCGAUACUGACUCGCGUCUGAGCCAGGUCAAAGUGAGCCCUGUGCGGAGGAAUGCUCUGUGUCUGCCUCUCUCCAUCAUGCUCGAUGCCCUCGCAAGCGAGGAUCGACACGAGGACAUCGCCGAGAUCUGGUCCGACGUGCGCUCUGCUGGCUUCGCUUUUGAUCCUUACAACUGGAAUCAGCUCGCCGCUGCCCUCGCUUCUGCCGGACGUACAGAAGACGCUCUGCGCGUGCUGGAGAAUGUGCUCAAUCAGCUGACGCCCGCGACGGAAUUGCAGCGGUUGAUCCUCAAGGGACGUCAGGCGAGCAGACGCGCACGAGGAAGGGGCGAGAAGGAGGGAGAUUCCACUGGCAAGGGCAAGGAGGGUGCGAGGAACGAAGACCAGACUUUGGGAAUCAGUCGAGGUCCCACUCGAAGGGCCCAGCGUGAGAUCUCCGGUGGUCAAGUCUUCAGUGGCGAGCCUCCGCGGGCCAGAGGCAACGGCUUGGAGGAGGACCCCGGCGAAGAGGGGGACGAAGCCUGGGAUCGUAUCGCCGCUGAUGGCCUCUCGGGCCGCUCGACAGCCGAUCAGGCUGAUGGCACUGCCACUGCUGAGGGUGUAGAGGAGAGGCGAGAGAUCCUCCGUCUCCUCGACGAGCAGAAUCUUCUUGAUCAGAAGAGACCCUUCUGGAAGGCACAGCGCAACACGCUUCUCCAGAUCGAAGCAUCCCUAUUGCGCUUCUCCCAGCAGCAUCAGCAGGGGCAGCAAGGGCAGCAAGAAGGGUCACUAGGUCCCGAGGGCGAAGCCGAAGGUGGAGGUAAUCCCAAUGGCGAGGAAGUGGGAGUGGAAGUGGGAGAGGGAGAGCAAGAGGCUCGCACCCUGCGUCUACUGCAGCGCUACCCUCGUGCGGCAGAAAUUCUCGAGGCGCACAGAGCAAGAGAGGCCUUUGUCAGGGGUGAGGAGCUCUCGAGGGCGGAGAGGAGCAGAAGGAGUUCGUACGCUUACUAG